UGUGCUGAUGAUGGUGUGUGUGUAAUAAUAAUAAUAAUAAUAAUAAUAAUAAUAAUAAUAAUGUCAGGUGCUAGAAUUAGACCAGUCCUCCUCUACCUGCAUGUUUACUCAGGGUUUGUUUGAAUGCAGUUAUCAUGUUCCUUGCUGUAGCUGCAUGGAGUGAAAUUUCAGAUGUUGUUUAUGUUCGUGACCUGAUGGAGUGCAAAAGCAAUCUUUUGUCGCUGUUGCUCCAGCAUACAGGCUGCUUGAGUAUAAAAAGCAGGCUGGAGAGGCGCACUGAGUACAGAGCAUCUCCAACUGAGAGAGUGAGUAUUAGAGAUUUGAGUUGAUCACUUAAUCCUCACUGAUGUCCCCUGCACCGAAUGACAUGGAGACAGCGGAUAUCCAGAGCGCCCCGGUGCCGCGUAUACAACCCGGACACGCGCCCGACUUCCUCCCGAGCUCCUCCAACGUUUUACUGACCGGUCUGGGGCUCGGGGGACUCGGUGGACUCGGAGUAGCGGCCACCAUCUCCAAAGCGGGAAUGGGAGUUCAGAGACUGGCCGCGGCGCAGCUCAUAAAGCGGCGGGAGAAGCAGGCGAGGGCGGCGGAGGAGAGGAACCAGACGGCGGCGGUACUGCGCGCUAAAGAGGCUCUGAGCUCCGGGCCGAAGCCGCAGAACUGCAGGAGGCUGGUGGUGCUCGGAGGGCCGCGCGUCGGGAAGACGGCCAUCCUGCGGCGCUUCCUGCGGGACGGUUUCAACGAGCAGUACGAACCCACACGAGAGGACUUCCACCGCAAAGUGUACAACAUCCGCGGGGAGACUUACCAGAUAGACAUCCUGGACGCAGCCGGAGAGAGAGACUUCCCCGCCAAGCGCAGACUCUCCAUCCUCACCGGUGAUAUCUUUCUGCUGGUGUUCAGCGUGGAUGACCGCAGCUCGUUUGACGAAGUGUGUGCCCUGCGCUCCGAGAUCUCAUCAGCCAAGGCGGCGCUGUUGCGCUCAAAGGCACGUGUGACGAACGUUCCCGUGGUGGUGUGCGCGAACAAGGUGGACCUGCCAGUCGAGCAACAUGCCGUGUCGCGCACGGAGGCCCUGAGGACGUUUGCGGACGGCUGCGCGCUCUACGAGACGUCCGCCAAAGACAGCAAAAACCUGGAGGAGGCGUUCGCGGCGCUGGCCGAGCGAGGCGGGCUGCCACUCGAGACCGGGCCGUCUCGCCACCGCAAGCUCUCGAUACGCUCGUACCACGCCAUGCUGCGUGCGGCACGUCAGCGUGGUGGCGACACUCCGUGCGGUGCGGUGCACCCGCUCGCACGCAGACCCAGCUUCGGGACAGACUUGCAGCUCGCACUCGCCUCACGUGAGGAACAAACACAGAGCAUGAAGCUGAGCAAAGCCGUGACACAUCCAGCCUGCCCCAUCCAGUGACCGGGACUUUAUUUCAAUUUUAUUUAUUUAUUCUGUCAUUCAAAAUCCGCAUUCUUUUUACGAAUUUUAUUCUCAUGAACAAUUCAGUCUAAUGUAGCAUCCUCAGAGUCAUAACCGCUCCAUCAUCUUCCAUUCAUCUUCUUUGUCAUUUCCAUGUUGUGAAUGUUUAGUACCUGUAUACACGUAUAUAUAUAUAUAUAUAUA